AAGAACAAUGGGAAUCAAGAACAUCUGUCUACAAUGUGGUGAUGUAGGAUACGAAACAUCCUUAGUUUACUGCAACAACUGCCAGGAAUGCGCUGUACAUCGAUAUUGCAUGGAUGUAAUGCCCAACCCCAACGACAAAUCUGUCGAUUGGCUUUGCGAGGACUGCAUAAAAUCCAAACCAUCGAAGAAAUUCAGGAAGAGAAGGCGGGUCGUAGUGGAAUCCGAUAAUGAGAUCACCAGGCGGGAACCAGGAGUUGAGACCAAGAGCAAGUACAUGGAAUCGGAAUGUGAUAACGAGGUUUUGUGCAAAGGAAGCAAGGGCUUCUUGUAUUCUUUCGCUGCUGCUGGAGGGAUAACAUGCGCAGAACCCCUCGUUCGUCCCAUCUGGACGGGGUGUUUCGAAGUUGAAUCCGGCCGCCGACGAAUGGAGGGUUUUGCUGCUCAUUUGUCUGUAAGAUCGUGCGAGAAAGUGAUCAAUGAGGCUGCCGCGUUCGAGAAGGUGAUGCCGGUUGAGAUUCUGCAGAGGUCUUUCGUUUGGCCGAAGAGUUUUGAGGCGUCAGGGCCGACGGAUGAUAAUAUUGCGGUGUAUUUCUUUCCGUCUCUGAUGAAGUACGAAGACGUUUACGACUACCUGGUUUUCGAGAUGAUGCGGGACGAUGUUGCAAUGAGGGUUCGGGUGAGGAACGCGGAGCUAUUGAUUUUCACUUCGGUUGAGUUGCCAUCGAGGUUUAGGAGAUUCCAGGGGAAGCUUUAUCUGUGGGGAGUUUUCAGGGAAAAGCAGGCUGCCUAGCUGGUUGUCUGAAUGGCGCUUAAG